AUGAUGUUGAUCCCUUCUUUUAUCCUGUGGGACGUGGGAUGCUCGGUAUAUACGUAUGGAUCUAUCUUCAUUAUUGCACUGAUUAUUUGGCAUGUGAAAAGGAGCCACCAAGGAUUACGGUUGGGGCCUAACAAGAGCUGUACCAAGUGUUUCCGAAGAAUCAAACAAAAGCCUAGCGAUAGAACAACAAAAGCUAAGAGAACAUCCAAGGAAGAAGCUGAGAAACUGCAGAAGCUGCUCGAUAUCAUGAAAAGCCAGGGCUGGCUCCCUCAAGAAGGACGUGUGCGGCGGCUCCUGUGCCCAGACCCCUCUUGCCCAAUCUGCAAUGCCAUGGCUCUGGAAAUCCAGCAGUUGCUGGGGGUUGAGAAAAAGACCCCUUCCACUGCACUGAGGCCUUCGCGUAGCUUUUCUUGCCUGGAGGUACUGUCUCCAUCCAAAGUGUUGGCUGACCGGAGUUCAGAGCUCAGUUCCCAGCACUCCAGAGACAUUUUAUUGCCAUCCAGGUUCACACAGUCACAAUCAACAGAUCAGAAAUCAACAGAUCAGUCAGCUACUCCGUCCACUGGUGACACUGUCCUCCAGUGUGACCAUUCUGUUCCUCAGCAACAGCAGGAACCUGAAAGGUCAAAUGGGUUCCAGGAUGCAAGCGGCCUGUCAUCUUCGAGUAUGGAAGAGCCUGGGGUGCCUGCAACCCAACAAAGGAAGAGGAAGAAGAGCAAGAGACUUGUCUUGAAGAAAAAAGAAGCACCCUCAGAAGCUGAAAUGGAUAACAAGAUGACAUUCUUUUCUCACUGGGUUAACCCUGAAGUGAAAUGUGACAGGCUGGAGGAACCCAUUGUCUUUAAGUCUGAGACAGGAGCCAAACCCGAGACUGGGGAGCCUGAGAAGAGCCACAGAUCUGUCAAAGUCCAUGCAGAGGGACCCAACAAGGAGAAGCCUGCAAAUGAUCCAAAAGCCAAGCCUCUCCACGCCAAGAAGAACAUUUGA